AGAAAAGAGAGAAAAGAGAAAGGGAGGAAAGAGAAAGGGAGGAAGAGAGGGAAAAAAAAAGAAAGAGAGAGAAAAAAGAGAAAGAAAGAAGAGAAAAAAAGAAGAGAAAGGAAGAAAAGAAAGAAAGAAGAAAAAGAAAGAAAAGAAAGAAAGAAGAAAAAAGAGAAAGAAAAAAAAGAAGAAAAAGAAGAAGAAAAAGAGUAA